AUGUCGUACCACAUGUACUACACCGGGUGCACGCCGGCAGAAAGACUGGCAACGUUCGUGGCGACAGCGGGAGGCCAGCUAGCGGCAGACGCUUUCAUCGGGCCCGUGUCUACGACAGUCUGCACACCCGCAGCACAACUAGCAACAGCCUGGAACAAAGCCAUGGUGUCCUGGGGCUGCCUGAAGAGUGAACUGACCAAACUACCCACAUUCACGCGUCUAGUUCCCUCGUCGCGCCGUAUGGCAGAGGCUGUGGCCGAGGCUAUGAAGUAUUUCUCUUGGAUGCACGCAGCUUUGUUGUUUACGUUCUCCACCCUGUAUGAUUCUGUGAUCACCAUGGCAACGGCGAUCAACAACACCAUGCCUGGUCACCGCGGUACAGACGGCCUGACCAAUGGCACCGCGAUAACAAGGCGCAUGCGCGAGGUGGAGUUUGAGGGGUUGUCAGGAAGGGUGUCGUUUGACCAAUCAGGGGAGCGGAUGUUCAACUUCGCCCUGAUGCAGCAUCCAAUGGACGGCGGGAGUCCAGAAACGUUAAUUAUGUUGGAAGCGUCAUACCUGGAUGGCAGUACCCUGCAGUACCGGGGUGUUCAGCAAGAUGGAGUUCUUGAGACGGUACUUCUGCCUGGACCGGACCCAGCCUGCAAGUUUGAAGGAUAUUGUGAAGACCCUACAAGCAAUAACAGUGUUGUGGUGGUGGGGAUCCUGGUCGGUGUCUUUCUGACAGUCCUAGCCUGCGUGGCCUCAGCAAUACUUUUCAGUAAGCUGUAUAUGAAGAGCCAGAUGAGAGACAGACCUGCACUGGCAGGGAUUGAGAGCACCAAGUCUCGCCCUCAGUACCGCACAGAGGAGCGCGGGCUCGGAAUGUGGCGACGAAAGUCUAAAUCCAAUGCGAUGCUUAAUUGUCUGUCCCAACAGAUGCGUGACCUGCACAGUGAAAACUUGAAUCCGUUCAUGGGCUGCUACACAGAACCCGGGAACCAGGGGAUCGUUACUGAACACUGCUCCAGGGGGAGCCUAGAGGAUCUGAUCCGUAAUGAAGAGAUGCAGCUGGACUGGGUGGUGAAACAGUCCUUAUUGACGGAUCUGGUCAGGGGCAUGAAGUACCUCCACAACAGUACCAUCCAGGUUCACGGCAGGCUGAACUCUCGGAACUGUCUGAUCGACAGCCGCUUCGUCCUGAAGAUCUCCGACUACGGUCUACCCGACCUGCUGGCGACACAGAAGGAGAGCCGCAAGGAACAGAAGGAAACAGAAAGCAGGGCAAAAGACCUCCUGUGGACUGCCCCAGAGCUGCUGAGAGACCCUGUCCUGAGGAAGGCGGGCACACAGAAGGGAGACGUGUACAGUUUCGCCAUUAUCUGUCAGGAGAUCAUCCUCAGGGGACCGCCGUUCUGCAUGCUCAGCCUCUCCGCUCAAGAGAUCAUAGCCAAGGUGAAGAAGCCCCCUCCCCUGUGCCGGCCGUCAGUCACAGCUAGCUCCGCCCCUCAGGACUUCAUUAACAUGAUGAAGCAGUGCUGGACAGAGUUACCCGACAUGCGCACAGACUUCAACCAACUGUAUGAAGAGCUCAAAAUCAUCAACAAGGGGAACAAGAUAAACAUCGUGGACAACAUGUUUAAGAUGCUGGAGCAGUACUCCUCUAAUCUGGAGGACAUGAUCCAGGAGAGGACCAAGGCACUGGACGAGGAGAAGAAAAAGACCGAGGAGCUACUGAGUCAGAUGCUGCCAAGUUCUGUGGCUGACAACCUGAAGCGGGGACUGCCGGUUAAACCCGAAGCUUUCACAGAGACGACGAUCUACUUCAGCGACAUUGUCGGCUUCACCACCAUCUCCGCCAUGUCUGAACCCAUGCAGGUCGUGGACCUACUGAACGACCUCUAUACGACCUUCGACGACGUCAUACGGAACUACGAUGUUUAUAAGGUUGAGACGAUCGGCGAUGCCUACAUGGUUGUGUCUGGUCUCCCCGUGCGGAACGGGAACAGGCACGCGGGGGAGAUUGCCACCAUGUCCCUGGACAUCCUCCACGCGUCCGGCCUGUUCACCAUCAGACACAUGCCGGACGUACCGCUCAGGAUACGGAUCGGCUUACACUCAGGUCCUGUAGUGGCCGGGGUUGUCGGCAUCACCAUGCCGCGGUACUGCCUGUUCGGAGAUACCGUCAACACGGCGUCACGGAUGGAAUCUACGGGGAUGCCCUUCCGGAUACACAUGAGCCAGUCUACCAUGUCCUUACUACACCAGCUGGGGGAGUAUAAAUACGAGCCUCGAGGAAAAGUACUACUGAAGGGUAAAGGUCACAGAACAACGUACUGGCUGACGGGAAAGGAAAACUACAACAAAGAGCUGCCCGACCCCGGGACGGACACUGGAGAGAACCAUGGUCUCGACGUCGUGCUCAGCGCAGACCAGAUGACUCGCCCGUGGUCCGUCAACAAAAACAACGAUAACACAGAACCGAGUCCCAACAACCAAAGUCACACAGAGCACACACAAGUACAGAAGCUUCAUAUAGAAGACAUCACGGAAGAAACACUAACGGAAAUAACAAACAACCAAACACAAGAUGAAAAUACUCAAGCCGACCAAAGUGUUGUGAAAGUUAAUACAAACACGGUAGAACCUAUAAGUAAGUGUUCCAAAUGCACAACUGAAAACGUCUGUGACAGAUGCAAGAAUUUGGACCCGAUUGAAGAAGAAGUUGAAAAAUUGAAGAAUGUUUUGACGAGAGGAGAGAGCAAGACGUUUAAUAAAACCGGCUCGGACCAAGAUGGCGACCCCGAUAACCAGCGGAACUCCUACUCCAGUGGGGACAGCACGGACUCUGGAAUAGCCGCAGGAAAAUCUGCUCAAACGUCGAUAGACAUGGGCUGAAAUGUCGCUUUUUGGCAACACCUGAGGGGUG